AUGGCAGCAGGGCCAUUGAAGAUCAACGGAGAAGAGAGAAGGGUUCGCCCCCAGCGCUGGCCUGUGCUUCGAGGGUGGCGCGCUGUGCCUGGAGAAGAGAGGCGGUUGUUGAGUGGGAACAUAAGUGGUUCAUCGCUGCAGUUGAAGCAUCUCCGGCGCUUAGACUUGAGUUGCAAUGAUUUUGGAGGACUUAAAAUUCCAGACUUCUUUGGUUCCCUUGCUUCUCUCACACAUCUUAACCUGUCUACGGUAGGAUUUGGUGGCUCCAUUCCACCUCAGAUUGGGAAUCUUUCAAGUUUGCGUUAUCUUGAUCUUGGCUGCAAUUCUAUUGCUUUUUCGGAUGGAAAUAAUAAUGAUUUGUACGUUACUUUAGAUGACGUAAGAUGGAUUUCUCAUCUCACCUCAAUUGAGUUUCUAGACAUGAGUUUUGUGGAUCUCAGCCAGGCAUCCAGUAAUUGGCUACGGGUGAUGAGCAUGCUCCCUUCCUUAUCCUCUUUACACUUGAUUAAUUGUUCGCUGGGUAACACUCUUCCACUUUCUCAUGUCAAUUUUUCUUCUCUUUCCACCCUUGAUCUCUCCUUUAACCUCUUCGAUUCUUUAAUAUUUGGCUGCCUCUCCGGUCUUCCAUCUCUUCUUUCACUCACUCUGCGCGGCUCCAAUUUCGUAGGGGGUUCAAUUCCUGUCUCUCUACAAAACAUGACAACUCGUCAAAUGCUUGAUCUCUAUUAUUGUGAAUUCAACUAUACAAUACCAGAAUGGCUUUGUGUACGAAAGCAUGAAACUCGGAUAUCAUAA